CGAAAAAAAGAAGAAGCUCCGUCCAUCUCGUUCCCGUUCCCAUCACCGUCCGGCGUCCGCUCGCGUGCGACCCCCAACGCGGCGACAGCUCCACCGCCGGUCGCUUCCCCGUCGCCGCCGAGCGCAUCUCCACCGGUGGCCUCCUCCAGGGGUCUGAAGGAAACAGCCAAUCCCCAAAAAGAGCCUCACAAGAAAAGCACAAGCAGCUGAGAAGCUUCCUGGUCUCUCCAAAGCACAUCAGCAUGGAGCGCCUGCAGAGGAUAUUCGGUGCCUCUGGGAUGGGGCAGCCACCUUCGGACUCGCCGCUGCUCGACUCCUCUGAGCAGGUCUACAUUUCCUCCCUUGCACUCCUCAAGAUGCUCAAACACGGGAGGGCUGGUGUGCCAAUGGAGGUGAUGGGCCUUAUGCUGGGUGAGUUUGUGGAUGAUUACACGGUCAGGGUGGUGGAUGUGUUCGCCAUGCCACAGAGUGGUACUGGGGUCAGUGUUGAGGCUGUUGAUCAUGUCUUCCAGACCAACAUGCUUGACAUGCUCAAGCAGACAGGGAGACCAGAAAUGGUUGUAGGGUGGUACCACUCCCAUCCUGGCUUUGGUUGCUGGCUUUCUGGAGUUGACAUCAAUACCCAACAGAGUUUUGAAGCUUUAAACCCCAGGGCAGUUGCUGUUGUGAUAGACCCCAUCCAGAGUGUCAAAGGGAAGGUGGUCAUUGAUGCAUUUCGUCUCAUUAACCCCCAGACUAUGAUGCUUGGCCAGGAGCCACGACAGACGACAUCGAAUGUUGGGCACCUAAAUAAACCAUCUAUUCAGGCUCUUAUCCAUGGGUUGAACAGGCACUACUACUCCAUUGCAAUCAACUACCGAAAGAAUGAGCUCGAGGAGAAAAUGUUGCUGAACUUGCACAAAAAGAAAUGGACUGAUGGGCUGAUUUUGAAGAGGUUUGAUACUCAUUCGAAAACCAAUGAGCAGACAGUGCAGGAAAUGCUGAACCUAGCUGUGAAGUACAACAAGGCGGUGCAAGAGGAGGAUGAGCUGCCACCAGAGAAACUGGCGAUUGCGAACGUGGGGCGGCAGGAUGCGAAGAAGCAUUUGGAAGAGCAUGUCUCCAAUUUGAUGUCUUCGAACAUAGUUCAGACCCUAGGGACCAUGCUCGAUACGGUUGUCUUUUAGUUUGGUAGGAGUGGUGUCUCAACAAACGCAGUACUGAAAUUAUCUUUAUGUUUAUUUGGCUUCGUGUUUGUCAAAGCUGCCAUAAUGCUGUGAGCCAAAUGCCAGUAUUCAUUGUGUUUGGACAGUUCGGACUUUAAGAAUUUGUUAUAAUCUGCUGCAGCACCAUCUUCUCUA